CUCACGGCCGCUGCUCGCUGGCUCGCUCGUGCGCUCUCAGCGCCACAGGCACCUGCUGGCCGGACGCUCUGCGCUCACUUCUCGCUCGCACACUGCAGACUCCCGGUGCUGCCGCCGUCACCCGGCCUAGUCCCCGGCCCAGCACAGCGCUCCGCCCUUCUCUCGGGUCCCCGGCGCCCACCCACCAGUCAUGGCCUGGGCCUGGGACAAAGAGCGGUGCAGCUCUUUGCCCAAACCGGGGUAAGGAGUUGAGGGCGGGGGACUGCGGAGAGAGCCUUGGGACACGCGGGGUGCAGGGAUAAGCGGCAGGCUCUGGCAAUGGAGAUCGGGAAGAAGCCAGGGAGAGUUUGGGUGAGAGGACCCCCAGCCAAAGCAAGUGCCGGGCGGGGCUGCGCUCCACCCAGAGGGACUAUGGUCCCUCCAAAUGACCUCCGCGGGGGUGAGCGCUCCAAGGCGGGGGCGGUGCCGCUGUGGAAGGGGAGGAGAGGGGAGGGCGGGGGUGAUGUAGCGGUGGAAGCGGCUUGACGCCCAGCCACUGACCGCCCCUUCCUUUCCCUUCCCCUUCCCCUCCCCCUCUCCUCGCCUCUCUCCGGCUCUGGGUCCGCCACGCCGGACCUGCUUUCCCGGCGCUGCGCUGGGUCGGGUGCUGGGUCGGACGCCAGGUACUCGCGCCGCGGCUGAGCGCCCACUCGCGUUGCGGAAAGAGCCGCCGAGGGACCGGCGGGGGCUGCGGCGGGGAAGCUCGGCGGGACCCGGAGGAGGUGGCAGUCGGGAGCCAAACCAGGAGACCGGGAGGCGCGCACUCCCUUGGCCAGGGAUGGGUCCUGGCGCGGCCCAGCCUCUGCCCGGCCCGCGGGGCAGAGACUGAACUGCAGUUCCCCAUCGUUCUGCGGACUGCCGGAUAGAGAGAGUCACGGACCUAUAGCCAAUAACCUCCCGGCGGGACCUCGCGCUCCGCGCACCCCGCGCAGCGCCCCCCUCCGGAGCCCCACCGGGCAAGCGGGCGAGGGAGCGGGACUGAUUGGCGGCCGCCGGCGGCGGGGGAGGGGGCGCCGCGCAAGGCCAUGGCAGGCUCGGAGGCGUCCUAGCCCGAGCCCGAGCCGGAUCCAAGCCCACGCUGCCGCCACCUCCGCCUCUCCGCGCCCGGGCCCCCGCCGCCACCGCGCCCCCCGCGGGAGAUGGAACAGCGGAACCGGCUCGGCGCCCUCGGAUACCUGCCCCCGCUGCUGCUGCACGCCCUACUCUUCGUGGCCGACGCUACAUUUACCGAAGUCCCCAAAGAUGUGACAGUACGGGAGGGAGACGACAUCGAAAUGCCCUGCGCGUUCCGGGCUAGCGGAGCCACCUCAUAUUCGCUGGAGAUUCAGUGGUGGUACCUCAAGGAGCCGCCCCGGGAGCUGCUUCACGAGCUGGCGCUCAGCGUGCCCGGCUCCCGGAGCAAGGUAACAAGUAAGGAUGCAACUAAAAUCAGUACGGUGCGGGUCCAGGGCAAUGACAUUUCGCACCGACUGCGGCUGUCAGCCGUGCGGCGGCAGGACGAAGGCGUGUACGAGUGCCGCGUGUCGGACUACAGCGACGACGACACGCAGGAGCACAAGGCCCAGGCGCUCCUGCGCGUGCUCUCGCGGUUCGCGCCGCCCAACAUGCAGGCCGCCGAGGCCGUGUCCCACAUUCAGAGCAGCGGUCCCCGUCGCCACGGCCUCGCCAACGCCAAUAAUGCGGUCUCCGCGGGCCGCGCCACUUCCGAGCCCGACCGCGGCGACAAAAGCCCGCCUCCCGGAAGUCCUUCCGCCAUCCCUGGUCCGCGAGUCCCUGAGGCCCCCGCGGCGUCCUCGGCCCACGCAGCCACCACCACCGUCGCGGCCGCGGCCGCUGCUUCGUCAGCGUCACCCCCACCCUACCAGGCGGUCCUUCUGCGCCAGAAGCACGGCUCGGGCACUUGCCCCAGCUAUGCCACAGACCCACUCCUGUCCCUGCUCCUGUUAGCUCUGCAUAAGCUCCUGCGCCUGCUGGUGGGGCACUGACAGAUGGACGCAGCAUCCUGCACACCUCCACAGGCCACAGGCCAGCCUCAACCCUGGGCGAGGACCAUGUAGCCAGAUGGACAUGGAGAGACUGAGAGAAGCAUGACAAAGUCUUCGUGGAAAAUAAAUAAAUCAUAUUUUUGGGGAAGUUACACAAAUGUAGAAUACCUAAAAUAAUGCAUCUAGUUUCCAAAUAAGAUGAAGUUUGGACCAUGCAGUAUGCAUGGGAUCAAUAAUUUCUCUACUUCAAUGUAUUUUUCUUUUCUAAAGUUUUCCUCUGAGUCAUUUUGCACGAACUGGUGAGCAGUUAUCUUUAGGAUAGCAUAUACAAAUGUUGGGUCAAAGCCUCUCUGACAAAGCAAAAUAUUUUUAGUAGAUUAUUGUGUUUAGGAAUUUUUUAAUUUACUUUUUUCUUUGGGGGCAUUCCUUUUUUUAAAUUGAAGUAAAUUAUUUCUUUUGAGACAUUUUUGAUUUAAAAAAGAUACAUCUUAUCAUAAUUAAAAUUCACUGUCAAUAAUAUUUAUUUUUAAAUAAAGAUUGGAAACAAGGUCAGACACUUGUUUAUAAACUGUAUUGUAUAUUGCUGAAUAACAGUUGAAUAAAAACAACUUUGAAAUAAUCUUUCUACAGGUACG